GGCACCCCUCUGGCCCCUUUUCUAAGAAAAUUCUACUCUCUCCAGAACUCACUGCUGACACAACCUUCUUUGGAAAAUGUUCCUGAACUCCCCACCCCUGGGCUGGAUCGGACGGCUGCUCCAUCCACCCACCCCGCAACGCCGACUCCCCUAAUGAACCUGCAUUACCACUGUUUGCACCUGCCUCCGUCAGGGCUGGGCUGGGUCUGCAGCCCCACCUCAUCACCCCACCUGGCGGGGAGACCAGGUGUCAGGGAGUAUGUGUGCCUGCUGCUGUCAUGGACACCUUCCUUCUCUCUGCACUGUGCCUCCUUGCGACCUGGGCUGUCCUGGCAGGGGGAGUCACCGUGCAGGAUGGAAAGUUCUCUUUUCCUUUGGAGUCAGUGAAGAAGCUCAAGGACCUCCAGGAGUUCCAGGAGCUCCAGGAGCCUCACACCAGGAAGAGUGGUGGGCGCGCGGUUCCCCAAGUCUGCAGUCACCAGAAGUUUCCAGAAGAACUCAAACCCGUCUGCAAGGAGACCAAUGCCCGGGAGAUCCUCCAUAGGCUGGAGGCCAUCGCGGAGGACCCGAGUUCUUGUGAGAUCUGUGCCUUCGCAGCCUGUGCGGGGUGCUAGGACAUCCGGCUCGCGGUCCCCUGGCCCUCCCCCGCAGGAUGUUCCCACUCCUGCAGCAGCAGCAGCCUCCAGGGGAAGAGUGAAGAGUGGGUGGCCUGGGGCGGCCUGGGAAGGCCCAGCCCCUGACCCAUCCCAGUUGCUGGUGCUUCCCAAGAUCCACUGCAACCCUCCGCUAAUAAACCAAUUCCCAGAGUC